CUCUCUCUCACACACACACACACCACACACUGUUUACAAGCUUUAUAUAGAAGACUUUGCUCAACCUUACCUGCUCAAGGUGGGGGGUCAAUGAGGGAAAAGCAAAGAAAGCUCAUUUAAAAAGCUAAAAGGUUUUAAAGCUCAAAAGAAACCUGAUUUUGCAAAGCAAAUUGCUUUUUAGGUUAAUAUAUUCAAGCAACCAAGUAUGGUGAGUUCAACAUCUGUACAGAAUAAAAAGGAUUCUUGAUCAUAGAUUAUUAAGAACUUCAUCUGUAAGACAUCCACAAAAGUCCACUACAUAAAUCUACCCACAUGUUAGACAACCACCACCAUCACCACCACUUCACUACAGCAUCCGGCCCCGGUCCAGGCCCUUCGUCUUCGUCUGAUCUCUUCCCUUCUCCAGAUAAUGGCCUUCCUAACAAAAGGAAAAGACGCCCUGCUGGUACUCCAGAUCCGGAUGCGGAAGUCGUGUCGUUGUCCCCGAAGACCUUGCUCGAGUCGGAUCAAUACGUAUGCGAGAUCUGUAACCAAGGGUUUCAGAGGGAUCAAAACCUACAGAUGCACAGGAGACGUCACAAGGUACCAUGGAAGUUGUUAAAAAGGGAAACUCCGGAGAUAAAAAAGAGGGUUUUCGUGUGCCCGGAACCGAGUUGCCUCCACCAUGACCCGUGUCAUGCACUUGGUGAUUUGGUUGGGAUCAAGAAGCACUUUAGAAGGAAACACAGCAAUAAUAAACAGUGGGUUUGUGACAAGUGCUCUAAGGGUUACGCUGUUCAAUCUGAUUAUAAAGCUCAUCUUAAAACAUGUGGUACUAGAGGCCAUUCUUGUGACUGUGGUCGAGUGUUUUCCAGAGUUGAGAGCUUCAUAGAGCACCAAGAUGCAUGUAUGGUCCGGCGAACCCAUGCAGAUCUACCCGCAUUCCCGCAGGCAUGUUCAUCUCGCACUGCAUCAAGCACAAGUCCAUCGAACGACAUGAAUUUUGGUUCGGUCCAAACAAUCUCAAGAUUACCACAUCUACAGCCUCAUUCACAAUUUUCACAAACCCAAUUAGACAUUCAAAACAACUUGGAACUUCAGCUGUUACCAUCACUAUCACUUUAUGAACAAAGCAACAAUCGUCAGACACAUUUGAAUCUCUCUAUUGGAAAUGGACAUAGCUUGCAACAAGAGGAAGAAAUGAAGAUAGCUAUGGCAGACAAAGCAUUUGCAGAAGAUGCUAGGCAACAAGCAAAGAGGCAAAUUGAAAUAGCAGAGAUGGAGUUUGAGAAUGCAAAGAGGAUUAGACAACAAGCUCAAGUGGAACUAGAAAGAGCUAAGGCUCUUAGAGAACAAGCAACCAAAAAGAUUGAUUCAACCAUGUUAGAGAUUACUUGUUAUUCUUGUAGGCUAAGGUUUGAAUCCAUUAGAAAUAAUGGUGCAGCCACUGCAGCAGACGAGGCCUCUAUUGCCCCAAGUUACAUGUCUUCAGCUUUAACUGAAGGUGAAGGAUAUUAGUAGUAUUUUCAAGAAAACCAGUCUUUCUGUUUCAUCAAUGUAUGUGUGUUUGUAAGUGAAUUCAUUCAAGGUUCUUUUUUUUUUUUUGCAUUUUACUUUGGAAAGAAAUAAGGAAAGGGUUGAACUUGGUGUAUUCCUGACCAUAUUCUUUUUCGUUAUUGUGUUUAGUUUUCUACCCUUAA